AUGCAUGUCAUUAAUACUCCAGACUUCUUUCAUGUGUCAAAAAAUUUGUAUUUUCGCAGGUCUAUUUUGGUGGUGUGCUUGCUGGUGUGGGGGUGUCAAGGGAAGAAUAACAAUUUCCUGAGCCCAAAUAAAUGGCUUGAAUCCUUUUUAACUACAACCAGCAGCCGGCCAGAUAGAAGACCCACGGAUUGUUACACCGAUGAACAGAAAGAGGGACAUUGUGUGAAAUUGUCGGAAUGCAUGGACAGCAACGAAAUCGACUUGGAAAAUAUGGACGUUUAUAGAGAGUUAGGCUGUCACUACUUGAAGAUAUGCUGUCCAACCAGUCGAUUGAUUACGACUGAGACCGUGACUCCAUCUCCAAUUCCGAAAAAGAUGCCAGGAUGUGGAUGGAGUAACCCCGGCGGCUACACAUUCCGCGACUCUUCAAACACGCACGCCGAGUUCGGAGAGUUUCCUUGGAUGGUUGCUUUGAUGAGGAAAGUCAGUCAGAACCAGGGAUGGGAUCCAAAGGAUUACGUGGGAGGUGGAACUCUGAUACACCAUUCGGUGGUGAUGACGGUAGCUUAUACUCGUAACCUCGGAGCUAUUAAAAAUUACGACCCGUUUUUGCUAAAAUGCCGUCUUGGCGAAUGGGAUACGCAGACUACGAACGAAAUUUAUCCCCACCAGGACAGAGAUGUCAGGAAAGUCCUUGUUCAUGAACAGUUCUCUUCGAGUUUGGCAGCAAAUGACAUUGCCCUUAUAAUAACAUCGUCCCCAUUCGAUCUAACCGAUCCCCAUGUGGGGAUUGCUUGUUUGAGCUUCAAUGAGCCUAAAAUGGACGCCAAUUGUUUUAGCAUGGGUUGGGGUAAGGACUUCAAUAAUAAUGACAAAUACGCUCUUUGGUUAAAGAAGGUAAGUUUAAAAUUAAAAAUAACAUAUUAA